GAUGGCUCAAAUCCCUAAUCUCGAUAAUUCGCCUCUCAAUUUCGGGUCUUUGAGAGAGCAAUCGCAGAGAGAGCUACUCAGCAUCCUCAAACGUAUUCGAGGAUCCAAGUGCAUGGUUAUCGACCCUAAGCUCGGGGGAUCAUUGUCGCUGUUGAUCCAGACGUCACUUCUCAGAGAAAAUGGUGUGGAACUUCGACAUAUCUCUGCUGACCCAGUUCAAACAGACUGCUCAAAAGUGAUAUAUCUUGUGCGACCUCAGCUUAACUUGACGAAGUUGAUAUCUUCCAAUAUUCAGAAUGACAUUUCAAAAGGAGUUCAAAGAGAGUAUUUUGUUUACUUUGUACCACGCCGCACAGUCGCUUGUGAAAAAAUAUUUGAGGAUGAAAAGGUUCAUCAUUUGUUGACUUUUGGGGAAUACCCUUUAUAUGUGAUGCCAUUGGAUGAGGAUGUUUUAUCUUUUGAACUUGACCUUGCUUAUAAGGAAUGCCAAGUGGAGGGUGAUACUAGUUCUCUUUGGCAUGUUGCCAAGGGCAUUCAUAAGAUGGAGUUCUCUUUUGGAGUAAUUCCGAAUAUAAAAGCUAAAGGCAAGGCUUCAACAAAGGUUGCUGAAAUCCUAAACACUUUGCAUGUUGAAGAGCCAGUUAGCACAUCUGAUAUGGUUGUUCCAGAGAUAAACACGCUCAUCCUGCUAGAUAGAGAGGUUGACAUGGUGACUCCAAUGUGCUCUCCACUUACUUAUGAGGGGCUACUGGAUGAGAUUCUUCAAAUAAACAAUGGUGCUGUGGAGGUAGAUGCUGGAGUUAUGGUCGCCCAGCAAGAAGGAAAAAAGAUAAAGGUCCCUCUUAAUUCAAGUGAUAAGUUGUAUAAAGAGAUUCGAGAUCUGCACUUUGAAGUAGUUGUUCAGGUUUUACGGCAGAAGACAACUUCAAUGCAACAAGAUUAUGCAGAUAUAAAAUCCACGUCACAGUCUGUAUCUGAGCUAAAGGAUUUUGUUAAGAAGAUGAACUCAAUACCUGAGAUAACUAGGCACAUAAAUCUCGCUCAACAUUUGCAAACUUUUACCUGCAAACCUUCAUUUCAUGGCCGCCUUGACAUUGAGCAGACAAUAUUGGAGGCACAAAAUUAUGAGAUAUGUUUGGAGUACAUCGAGGAAAUGAUCCACAAACAAGAGUCACUUAUCAAUGUGCUGCGCCUAUUGGUGCUAUUUUCAAUUACCAACUCUGGGUUACCCAAGAAGAACUUUGAUUAUCUAAGGAGGGAGAUACUUCAUAGCUAUGGUUUUGAGCACAUGGUCACAUUAUAUAAUCUGGAAAAAGCUGGACUAUUUAAGAAGCAGGAAUCAAAGAGUAACUGGUCAACAAUCGCAAAAGCCUUGCAACUUAUUGUUGAGGAUGUUGCAAACCCCAAUGACAUUGCAUAUAUUUUUUCUGGAUAUGCACCUCUUAGCAUUCGCAUUGUUCAACAUGCUAUUAGAUCUGGAUGGCGAUCUGUUGAAGAAAUAAUAAAACUAUUGCCUGGACCUCAGUUAGAUAUAAAAAGAGGUGGCUAUUCCAACAGUUCCACCUCUGAGACCAUGCAUGGUGGUGGUCAAUCAAAUGCUGACAGACUUGCAGUUGGGCGCCGCUCUUUAACUCUUGUAGUUUUUAUUGGAGGUGUAACUUUUGCAGAAAUCGCUGCUCUUCGGUUUCUUAGUUCACAGGUUGGAUUGGGUUAUGACUUUAUUGUUGCAGCAACGAAGAUAGUGAGUGGUACAUCAUUACUAGAAACAAUGGUCAGCAAUGGCAGUUAAAAGUCAGAAAGGCUACAAAGAUCACAUACACAAUUCAUACUGUUAGGAGUCAGCAUCGUGUUCGAACAAUGUCUCAAGCGUGAAAAGUCAUCGUAUGUUUUUGCUAGUAACUGAUGAAAAAAUUUUUUAUUAAGAUGCUGCCGGGGUUGCUUGCGUUUAGUUUUAUUUAUAUAGCAUACUGAUUGUUUUCUGCGGCUUUUAUAAUUAUUGUUUGAUUUUUGUAUGAGAAAUAGAUUGAAUGCCUCUUGUUUCUUUUCCUCUGAUGCCAAUGGUUGGAUUUGUCAUGUUCGUUGUAUUUCUUGGACAAUUUUUAUGGUGUCUUAAUGAAGGUGGUUGUAGAUA